GGCAUGGCAGAGCAAUAAGGUCUUGGUAGGAGAAUUGCUUCCGGAAAACCAGCUCGUGUGAUCACAGUCCACAAGAUGCAUAAUUGUGGGUUUACUUGCAAAGAACAAGAAGUCCUGCUGUAACCUUGGAGCUUACCAGUUGCAGCUGACAACAGCUUAGCAGUUGACAGCCGGAGAAACCAGCGAACGUUAGAAUGAUUGCAGGACCUCAGCAGACGAGCAAAAAUCAAAUUAAAGUAGACCUUGUAGAUGAGAAUUUUACAGAAUUAAGAGGAGAAAUAGCAGGACCUCCGGACACACCAUAUGAAGGUGGAAGAUAUCAACUAGAGAUAAAAAUUCCAGAAACAUAUCCAUUUAAUCCUCCUAAGGUGCGGUUUAUCACCAAAAUAUGGCAUCCUAAUAUUAGCUCAGUUACUGGGGCCAUUUGUUUGGAUAUACUGAAAGAUCAAUGGGCAGCAGCAAUGACUCUAAGAACAGUGUUGUUAUCACUGCAAGCAUUGUUGGCAGCUGCAGAACCAGAUGAUCCACAGGACGCAGUAGUGGCAAACCAGUACAAACAAAAUCCAGAAAUGUUUAAACAGACAGCUCGACUUUGGGCGCAUGUGUAUGCUGGAGCACCAGUUUCUAGUCCAGAAUACACCAGAAAAAUAGAAAACCUUUGUGCUAUGGGCUUUGAUAGGAAUGCAGUAAUAGUGGCCUUGUCUUCAAAAUCAUGGGAUGUAGAGACUGCAACAGAAUUACUCCUGAGUAACUGAGCCAUGUAGAGAGAGCUGCUUCGGUAGUCCAGCUUGCCCCUUCUGGAGGAGCAUCACCAUCUGUUAUUUUUAGGAUUCUAUAUAGAUUCUCUUUUAAAACUGGCACUCUUGCCUGAUGAUGCUAUCUAGGCACUAUUGGAGACUGAAAAACCGCUCUGUAAAUAAAGCUAAUUAAACGUCUGUGUAAAUUUAAAAA